CGGCUUCUGGAGAGAGAAAGCGAGAGGCUGUCCGGGGCCCAAGACCCCGCACUUCCGGUCUUCUCACUUCCGGCUCCGAGGCUGGGGUGCAGGCGCCGGAGGCCGGGUUGAGAGGUCGCGGGUGCAAGUGUCCUCGGCGGUUGGUUGCCCGGAGCCUGUGACAGCUGCAUCGGCUCCCCGCCCCGGAGCGACCGAGGUGCGUGGGGGAGGGGACGCAGGAAAAGCUCCGGGUCGUGCUUCCGCUCACUUUCUGCCCCGGCCGGACGCGAUUCCCGAGGGCUGCGACCGGCAGAGCCCGGCGACCGAGCGCUGCCGGCUUCCCUGCUGACAGACAGGUAUGUCUGACUGCAGCAAUGAUGCUACAGCUCUUGGUACAGCUCCGGCCGCCACAGAAGAAGCCCAGUCUAAAGUUGAGGAGUCUGACAUGGCUCAAGAGUCUCCCAAAAACUCUGCAGCAGAAAUUCCGGUAACUAGUAAUGGAGAAGUUGAUGACUCCCAUGAACAUGGUUAUCAUAGGGAUUUGAAGCGUUCAUUACCAUCUGGACUUGGACUCUCAGAAACUCAAAUUACAUCUCAUGGCUUUGACAGUACCAAAGAGGGGGUUAUUGAAGCAGGAGCAUCGCAAGGUCCCUCAGCGCCGCCCUUGCCAUCUGUUCUGUCUCCCAGCAGGGUUGCAGCUAGUCAGCUGGCCCAUCCAGGAGGUGAUCUGACCGUUCCUGCAGGUGGCCAGAGGACACACACAAAAGGUGGACCAGUUAUUCUAGCAGAUGAAAUUAAAAAUCCUGCAAUGGAAAAGUUAGAACUUGUUAGAAAGUGGAGUCUCAACACAUACAAGUGUACCCGGCAAAUUAUAUCUGAGAAACUAGGCCGUGGCUCAAGAACUGUGGACCUCGAACUUGAAGCUCAGAUUGAUAUAUUAAGAGACAAUAAGAAAAAAUAUGAAAACAUUCUGAAACUGGCUCAGACAUUGGCAACACAGCUCUUCCAGAUGGUGCAUACUCAAAAGCAACUUGGAGAUGCAUUUGCUGACCUGAGUUUGAAGUCGCUAGAACUCCACGAAGAAUUUGGCUAUAAUGCAGAUACCCAGAAGCUGCUGGCUAAAAAUGGAGAGACUCUUCUUGGGGCCAUUAAUUUUUUCAUUGCUAGUGUGAACACCUUGGUGAAUAAAACAAUUGAAGAUACACUAAUGACUGUAAAACAGUAUGAAAAUGCCAGAAUUGAAUAUGAUGCAUAUCGAACUGAUUUGGAAGAACUGAACCUUGGACCACGUGAUGCAAACACUCUGCCAAAAAUCGAGCAGUCACAGCAUCUGUUCCAAGUGCACAAGGAAAAGUACGAUAAAAUGCGCAGUGAUGUUUCUGUCAAGUUGAAAUUUCUUGAAGAAAAUAAGGUUAAAGUGUUGCGCAAUCAGCUGGUCCUGUUCCACAGUGCUGUGGCUGCCUACUUUGCUGGGAAUCAGAAGCAGCUUGAACUGACACUUAAGCAGUUCCAUGUCAAGUUGAAAACCCCUGGAGUAGACGCCCCGUCUUGGCUUGAAGAGCAGUAAACUCACCUGGAAAAGAACGAACAGUGUAUUGUUAAACAACUAAUAACCUAGUAAGAGUGAAGUAGUUUGGGGAAGUGGUGAGGUGACCGACGUUGGAGUGGCUCUUGCACAGAUAGCUUUUAUUUUUCCCUUUUCACACCCUAACAAUUGAGCUGUUAAAUUUGAUGAGAAGGUGGCUGAUUUUUAUGGAAACAUAAUUUCUAUAAUUCUAAAUACAAUAAUUUUCCUUUUUGAGGAAUCCUUUUUGUAUUUUGAGGGUUGAUGGCUAUUUCUAUAAUUUGAAAUAUUUAAUAUAGAUUUGCACUGAUAAGAUAAAAAUUCAAGGCUUUUGGUCCUAGAAAUGAGGACCAGCUGUAAUUUUCCAAGGGAGGUUUACAUGAUUUGUAUCAAUGUCAGAUAUUUUAUAUAUGAAUAUAUCCAACAUCUUUAAGAAGUUCAUGUUUGUGUAUUAUCUUAAAGAAAAAAAGCUAUUUUGCAAAGUAAGUUGUAUAGCGUCCUGCAGUGUCCACAGAGAGGCAAUUCAAAUGAAUGAUUGAUUGGCUCAUAGUUUGUGGUAGAUAUCUUUUAAAAAAUAAUCUGUACCACUGUAAUUUUGUUUAAAGACCCAGAAGUCACAAUGUCAUAAUUUCUAUGACAUGUUUAAACUUAUGAAUUUGACACUUGUGUUAGCAAUUUUGAUUUAUAAUGAAAUCUGCUUAAGAGAGGCGGAGUUUUUUGUUUUGUUUGUUUUUUUCUACAUGUGGACAUAGGAAUGGAAACACUUAGUGGUUUCUAGAGUAGAAAUUUGUAGAUUGGAAAGCUAGUUUGGGGGUAAAUUCCAUUUUGAUAGAAGAGAAUUUCCAGACCAUGUUUGUAGACUUCCGUGUGUGACUGUACCAGUUAAGCCUUAAAUCACAGAUUUGUGCCUUCUCAAAUGCAGUAAUUCUUGUCCAACCGCUGUACAGAACCCAUGAAGAAACCCUGUGGAUCACGAUUGAUAUGUCUGUUCUGUGGAAAGGAGCACAGUAAAUGCUGGGAUUCUAUGUCCUCAUCAAACCAUACUUGAGGUGGAUGGGGAAACCAACUUUGGAGUCUUUUGUUUGGUUUCUCUUGAUUCCUUUUGAAGAAUGGGACUGUGGGAGAAAUUUUCCUACUUGGGUAAUGAAAAGAUUGUGUAGCGCGGAGGUCAUAGGAAGGGAAAGGCCAGUAUUUUAUUUGUGCAGUACUGUUGGUCUUAUGUAUACAGUUGGCCUGUCCACUGUGGGGGUUUCCUCAGUGAGGUAAUCUUGUUUAAAUGUAAAGUUCCUUUGAUUUUUGUCAUACAUAUAAAUGAGUAUUUGGAGAGAUAUCACUUUACCUGUUCAUUUCUAUUGUGUUGAAAUGAAGUACUUAAAAUUACUGUUAUACGUGAACUUUGUAGACUGUACAAUGUGUUAUAUAUGUCCAAAUGCCUUUUAGCUGGCUUUUUAUUAAUAUGCCUGUUUUGAGUGCUUAAUACAAUGUAAUGUGAUUGUAAGUCAUGCACCUCUUUGAAAUCAUUCCCUCCUGUAUAUUUGUACUCUGAGAGAGCCUUAUUUUAUUCUUCAAGCAGAAAGCUACUUGUGAUGGUUAUUUACAUUCCCCAGAGUGUGCCUCUGGUGUGAAUUUUGUAUUCUUAUUAAAGUCUGUGCUACAUUA